AUCCUUCAUCUCAUUAUACUUAUACACAAUCCUGUUUUAACACCUUAUCCGGCUGACAGGAAAGUGGAUGACAUAAGAUCUACAAAGUGAAACCCGAACAGACUCGAGGAACAAGAUCAGACACCGAUAUCGAGAUUACUCGUCCUGGUGGCUUUGCUCAACCUUUUUUUAACCAAUCGUCUCUCUCCCCACCUCCCCACUUCAAUCAAAUCCGCUUUCGGGUGUCUCACACUUGUGUCUUGUGUCACACCACUUCAUCGACCACCAAGCUUUCGAUUCAAUAACAACAACAACUUUCUCGAAGAAACCCAAUAACAUACAAAUAUCCGAUAAGACACCAAAGCUCGUAAUAUGAAAUCCCUUCGCCGCUCGUUGAAUAACAACGGGCAUUCUCAACCUUCCCCACCUCUUUCUUCCGGUAUCACACCAGGUCCGCUUGGUAGGCCAUCCGAACGCGUCGCUCCACCUCAGAAAGUCAUCAAAGCUCUCGUUUCUAUGAGAAGUACAAACCCUCAGGAGUUGAGUUAUACCAAAGGCGACUUUUGGUACGUUACUGGAGAACGUGAAGGGUGGUACGAAGCUCUCAAUCCUUUGACGGGCUCGAGGGGUUUGGUCCCUAAAACUGACUUUGAAGAGUUUGGAAGGGGUGGUAAACCUCAAUUGAAAUCGACGCAGUCGUCCGAAGGUUCCAGCAGCAGACCUAUAACACCAGCGACACAUCAAUCGAUACCUUCCAACGACAUGAGAUCGAUCCCGAGUACCAAAUCGUCUGUUUCUUCGGCCAUACCAAAGAAACACAAGCAGCCAGUAUACGCAAUCGUGCAGUACGACUUCCAUGCCGAAAGGCCAGAUGAGCUGGAUGCCAGAAAGGGAGAACCCAUUGUGGUCAUUGCUCAGAGUAAUCAUGAAUGGUUUGUCGCAAAGCCUAUAGGUCGACUUGGAGGACCUGGAUUGAUCCCGGUGGCUUUUGUCGAGAUUCGCGAUCCCGCCACUGGAAAGCCCAUCGAAGUGUCUCCCGAUACGAUUCCCAUGGUAGAAGAAUGGAAGAAAGCUACGGCCGAGUAUAAAGCUGCCGCCAUCCCACUUGGUCGUUUAGACCUGGAGGGUGCCGCUCCAGUGGUUGAUUCGCCAUACGCCCAUGCGUCGAACAAAUCUGCAUCAUCCUCUUCGGUCGUCCUCCCCCUCAAUCCAGCAGGGGUGACGUCUUCCCUACCUCGAACGAGCUCAUCAACCUCGGUCAACCAGAUUCAGACGCAGAGUGUCCAUGUUUAUCGACCGAACGAAGACACCGAAUUACCCUUAGGUGAUUUUCUUGAUUUGACAAUACCUUCCUUCCACAACGAACAAGGUAAAUACUGGUAUCGUCUCCAUGUGGUCUUCCUUCCCGACAACCCGGCUUCACCCGCUCUCACACUCUCUUUGUAUAGAGAGUACGACGAUUUUUACGCCUUUCAAAUCAAUCUUCUCAACUUUUGUCCGGUCGAAGCUGGCCGGGAACCCGCUCCGGGGGAGACAUCUCCGCCCGAAAGGAUCCUUCCGUUCAUGCCUGGUCCCGUCGCCGAAGAAAACGAUGAAAUCACUGAACUUCGACGUGAAGAUCUUGAUGCUUAUGUCAAAGCAUUGUUGGAACUUCGAGAACGAGGUGCUGGACAUGUCUUACGUCAUCGUCAUUUAAGAGAAUUCUUUGCUGCUAGAGAAGGUGAUUACUGUGAAGAAACACCCCGACCUGAUAUCAUGGAAGAGCUUGAAGAACAUUUAUCAGACAUGCGUAUGCCUUCCAGACAUGAUGUUUAUUCAAACGAUCGAACAGGUGCAAGUUCAAGUAUGUCUUCACAUUCAAAUAGAGAUAAUCAAUCUUCACAAGGAUGGAAUCAAAGUUCACGUAUUUCCGCUUCACAUAUAGCUCCUGGUAAUCCUCUUCCUCCUAUCGAUCCUACACUCCGACCGGAUUCUACUUCUUACGCUAGAUCAUCAGGUCAUUACAUGUCCGGAGGUCCAUCAACAGGUUCAUCUUGGGGUAUGACACCUCAAUCUUCUUCUGGUCCAGGUCCAGGACAUGUAACAAACAUGUCGACAACAUCCACAACCGGUCAACCACCAUAUGUGAAAAUCAAGAUUUACGAUCGUGCGACAGAUGAUUUGAUAGCAAUACGUGUACAUCCUAAUGUAUCUUUGGCGGAAUUGUUUGAGAAAGUCAGAGGGAGAUUAGGUUCAAAUGUCGGAGCAUUGAGAUAUAGGACAGGUGUGGCUAUGGCAGGUGUACCACAAGCGUAUAAGGAAAUUGGAGAUGAUAGAGAUUUGAAAGAUUGGAUAACGGGAGAAGAUCAAAAGUUGGUUUUGUAUGCUGAACAGGCUUGAGAAGGAAAUAUUUUUCGACAAGGAUAAUAAAUUUUACAGAUCUUAAUGCAUAUCUUGGGUUCU